AUGUCAAAGUGCCCAUUUGAUGGUUUAAAGGAUCUUCUCCCUGGUAUUGAGGACUUCAUAUGCAAGCAGUUGGCCAGUGAGAAUCUCUCAGCAUUUGCUGAGAAGAAAAGACAGUACUUUGUAGAACGAUUGGACAUCUUGAAACUUCCCCCUACACUCCCACCCAGGCCACCAGGUGAUAUACAAGAUGAGAGAAACAGAAGUCUUGACAGCGCUCGUAAUGUAAAUGGGGAUUUCCUUGCCAAACAGAGAGAGUUUUCACGUAGUCAGAGUUCCCACACAUUGCCAGUUGCAAAAUCACCAUCUCCAUUGGAAUCUGAGGAUUUUUACGAUGACGUUGAGCCAGAGGCAGAUGUCUUAGCACAGAAUGGCAUACCUGUGUCUGAAGCAGUUGUUGACAAUGAGGAAGAUUUGUAUGAGGUCCCGUUGUCAUUGGAUAAUCAAGAUGGCUACAGUUGCGAUGACAUGUCAGAUGACAGUUUCACAUCGUAUGAAUCAUAUGAUGACAUGGAUCCUGAGGAAGGAGGUGUUGAAGUCCCAGGAGCUGCUAUACCACAUCCAGAGAUACAACUACCUAGGGUCAGAACUAAGAAGAAGAAAAAGAGAAGUGCUGGCAAAGACACUUCCCAUCAUAUUCCAAUAUCCACUUUACCCAAUGUAACAUACUGCAGUGACCUCUAUCAAAAGGGAAUGAUAACAUGGACAAAAAGGCAAUGUGCUAUCAGUGACAAUAAGCUCUAUGUGUAUAAGAUAGAGAAAGACUAUAAACCAUCUAUGGUAUUAUCCCUCGUGGGCUAUGAUAUAUUGUACUUUGAGAAAGAUGGAAAAAGGAAUCAUGCACUAAGGGUGUCCCAUCCGGGUUGUGAGACACACUGGUUCGCUACCGAUACAAAAUCUAAUGCUGACAUAUGGCUUGAACAUAUGACAAAUGCAGCACAUGUCCUUGACAAUAACAGUCUAGCAGUUACACAGCCCCUCUCUGGGCCAUCACUGUCAUCAGAGAAUAUCUCAAGCCCCACAGAGCAGUCUCAGCCAUCACUAGGGGGCUCCACCAGCCCUAGCCGAUCCCUGACUAACAUCUCUAUGAGCUCCAGCCCUAGUGAAGGUGGUAGUGGGGAUGGCAUUGUCAAAUAUAUGAGAAAUCAACAGGGAACAGAUAUUAAAGAUUAUGAUACUAAGAGAGACUUGAAAUCACCAAAAAUAAAAUCAGAUGAUAAAAGCAUGACCUUGGGCCAGUCUUUAGAGACAUCUAUGAAGAGCAUGAAGAACUUCCUGGGCACACUUGGACGGAAGAAGGGACGCAAAGCUUCAACCACUAUCCAGGAUGUCUUUGAAACUGUGGAGAUUGACAUGGAAAAGGAUCCUACUGUCAAAAUACAAGGUUAUUUGAAUGUAUCAAGUCCCCUUAGUUUUGACAAAGGUUGGUUAAGAAAAUGGUGCGUGGUUUCUGAUGAAAACUUUGACGUAUAUCGAUCGCAUGAAGAAAAAUCAGCCAAUGAGAAUCCGGAGUUUAGUUUUCCUUUAGUUGGAUGUGAGAUCAACACUGCAAUGGAGACAAAGAGAGAGCUUGCGUUUAAGCUAGAACAGGAUGGAUGCCUCAAGGCUGUGUUAGAGGCCUCUGACGCUAUGGAUCAAGGGAGAUGGGUUGGUCUACUUAUCAAGGAAACCAAAUGUGCUGACAGAGACUAUAGCUAUGCAGAUUCCAGUUUCUCUAAAACACAUAAUACCACACCAGGAGAUGAUGAGCAACUCUAUGAGAAUGUUGCCCCUCCAGUACCAACAUCAAGCCCACCAGUAAUGACACCUAUUAGUGAUGAUAGUAGUAAAAAGCAUGAGAGCUACCCUUCAGAUGAUUUAUAUGAUGACACUGAUAGGUACUCGCCUGAUAACACAGGAGAGCUCAGCAUUGAAAUCACAGAAGGGAGCACUGGAAGCAGGGAGCGUGAAAACCAUGAGAUAACUGCCUCUUUGGGACCAGACACAGCUAGCUCCACGAAUAGUCCAAACUUUGCCCAAAGUGUGUUCAAAUCAAUCAUGAAAAUAGACAUGCAAGGUGCCAAUAAGGAGUAUGAUGAUAACUCAAGUAACACUACAUGUAAGAAUGGCCAUGGAGAUAAUGGUGUAUUCACUGAGAAUGAUGAUAUUGAAUAUACUGAGUUUGACGGUGAACCAAAUGAUAAUAAUGAAGAAGUAACAAAUGGUUCCUCCUCCGGCAGAGAGAACGGAGUCACUUCUCGCUACGCACAUUCCCUUUCUGUUGACGGAGGAAUAAAUCCAGAGGAUAGUGCAAAUACAACAUCCCCAGUUGCAGUGUCAAAACUUGAUCCCAAUAAAGUUGAGAAGUUUUCUAAAUUUGUUUCCGCAUUAGAUAAAUCCAAUAACUCUCCAACUACUAAUUCUCCUGCUCCACUCUCCUCACGGAGAUCACUCUAUGCAGUGGAAAAAUUUGGUGGAUCAAACCCUGGGAAGGAGGGUGAAGACAUUGACGACCUUCAAGAUGAGCCCAGAAUAAAAGCCAGGAUUAACAGCCUCAAAAUGAAGAUUGGUCAAAUUAAACGAAAAAGAGCUGGAGUGCGGGACAAGAAAAUGGCAUCACGUAAGCCCUCUGAGAAACAACUGCUGGAUAAGGAGUUUAAGCAACUUGACAUGGAGUUCAUGGAAACUGACAAGCAACUAAUAAUAUUGGAAAACAGACUCGAGAAAAUCCCAAAAAAUCCAAAAUCAAAGAAAUUUUGUCAACCUACAGAAGUUAGGAAUAUGGACAGCAACAACAACAACCCCAUCCUAAAGGAUGUUAACCUCAACAACACAGCAUUGUAUUAUGGUGAACUGGAAGAGGGUCAAAUUAUAGACUCUGCUUCAUUAGGCUUUCUUCAGAACUCCACGACUGACUUUGGAAAUUCUGCAUAUAACAUGCCAUCACACACCAACACCAGCGGUUCACUCGACAAACAUGCUAAAGAAGUCUUGCUUCAGUCAGACUUCAAUCCAGAUCUUCAUGAUCCCAGGCUCGCUAAAGCCAGUGAUUCUAGGCUCUUUCCUCGAGGGAAUGAGGUGCAGGACACUUUUAGCAACAAACAUCAGAACCCCAUGUCUCACAUGAGACCAGGUGGAGACUGUUUACAGUCCGAUAAAUUGAACUCUAUAGGAUUCAAUUCUACAAACAUUCAGGCUUCUAAAAAGCUACUGAAAAAACAACGCGAUUUACAACGCUCCAAAGAACCCCUAAAUGAACCCCAAGUUUAUCAACAAACGGGGUCUGGAUUAGUGCAAGACAUCAUCAAGGGGUUAACUCCAACAUUGGAAAUGAUCGCCUCUAAUAAACAACUGGAUAUUGAGCUCUUAGGUCAACCUGAAAACAGGAACAGAUCUUCUCAAAGACGCUCACAACAAAGGAGGAAAACGUCAUAA